GAGGGCCCCCGCCACGCCCCCCCCCCCGGCGCCGGCGCCGCGCGCACAUGGCUCGCCCACCGCCGCGCGGCGGGCCCGCGGCGGCGGCGGCGCCUCGCGCGAUGCUGGCCGUUCUGGCAGCGGCGCGGGCAACGCUGGCGGCCGCGUCGGCGGGCCCGCGGGGUGCCCGGGGCAGCCAGACAUCGCCGACGGCGUGGCCAUGCUGCAGAACCCGUGCCGCUCGGGUGCCCCGCACAACGUGCCCACCGAGGCGGAGGUGCUCGUGGAGCAGCCGCGGCUCCCAGAUAGGGCCGCGGGGGGCGAUCGGGCCGGACGAAGCCGAACAGCGACGAAGCGUCCCGACCUGCUUGACGGCGCCGGAGGCGCCCACCAGCGUGUCGCAGGAGAGCCCCCGCUCGAUGAGGUGAGCCUGGCGGUCAGGCACGCCGCGCAGGCCCGCGUGGCGGCGGCGGCCGCCACAGCGGCCGCCGCGGGCUCGCGAGUGGCGGCACGCGGGGCCGUGGAGGUCGCCGCCUCCGCGAGCGCGGCGGCGGCAGGCGGCGGCGGAGAGUCCCCGUGUGGCCAGGUGCUGCAGCAGCUCGGGCUGGCCACCCUCGUCGGCGCGCUGUGCGUAGGCGGGCUGCUGCUGUGGCAUCGCGCGAGGACCGAGCAAGGAGCAAGUCGGGGAGGUGCUGGCCACGGCGGGCGCGUGCCAGCUGGCGGUGGUGUUCUCGGCCUCUGCGGUCUUCCUGCUGGGGCUGCUGGUAGAGCUGCCUCCCCACGUCGUCGUCUUUGCCCUGGGCACCGUCUGGAACGUGGUGACGCACAGCCCUGGCAGGCAGCUCAGCGCCUGAACCUCGGCCAAGCCUCUGAUUCCCGACGUUUGUUUUCCCUGGACGGGGCUCGACAGCUACUUCCCCUCGUGAAGGGUGGGACGCCAGGGAAAAAGUGUGGAUUGACCCGUCUGCGCAAGUGGCAGGAGACAUGUCGAGCCAUGCUGCUGAUACGUCCGCGAAGCUUCAGAGCCCAGGAGUGCACUCCUGUGCACAGACGCCGCGCCGUGAGCUGUGCAAGCAGGAACGGUUCUAGGCGGCGCUCCCAGCCAGCGCGCGGGUGAAGCUUCAUCCGCCCAGAUGCAGCCUUCUCGUCAUCAUCCUCCUUCCCAUCUUUACCACUGCGCUGAUGGUCCACUACUGUCGCCGGUGGCCUCCUCCAGCCGCGGCGACGCACGCCAGUCCACAGCCGCCCUUUCCCCCCCCCCCCACCCCGUUUGCGCUCGGCAGCGAGCUGCGCAACGAGUGGUUUCAAGUCAACGCCCCGACUGUACUACGGUGAAGGGAGACGGAGUCGGGUCAAGGCACCCUCUGCCACGCACCAGCCAA